UUUUUGUGCUUUUUCUAUAACAGUUCUGGACCCAGCAGCUAGAAUCUGUCUGCAGAUAAUUCAGCCCCUCACCUUCAAACGCCCUGCAGAGCGGUGAAAUAAGUUCACCGACUUAAAGUUGUGCUCUCAGCUCAGAGGAGAGAGCGUUUACCAGGUGAAGCUGAACGCUGCUCUCAUUAGUCACACAUGCAGCCACCUGCCACUCACCAGAGACCGACGACGCCGGAGCGCUGAAAGUUUCCACAGCUAUUUCUGCACACGUUCAGAAGAGACACUGGAGGAAUGGCUCGGGCUCCGUGACCGGUGGUAAGCUCGGAGGAACAUGCUGCUGCUCCGGGGACGAUAAGACGAGUAAUCCUGACUGAAUUUCUGCCCUGGGAACUUUCCAGCGCUUCGAUCAUGGCCAGCAUGGCGGUCCAGCUCCUCGGCUUCUUCCUAGGACUUUUGGGCUUUGUAGGAACCAUUGUCGCAACUUUGCUCCCCCACUGGCGCAGCACAGCCUACAUGGGGUCCGACAUCAUAACAGCCACCGCCUACAUGAAAGGCCUGUGGAUGGAGUGCAUCUGGCACAGCACGGGCAUUUACCAGUGUGAGCUGUACCGAUCUCUGCUGGCGUUGCCCCCUGACCUGCAGGCUGCUCGGGCUCUCAUGGUGCUCUCCUGCAUCUCCUCCGUCUUGGCCUCUCUGGUGGCUGUAAUGGGGAUGAAGUGCACCCACUUUGCCCAACAUUCAGUGGUCAAAUCCCCCCUGGUCCUCAGCGGUGGGGUCGGUUUCCUCUGCGCCGGCCUCCUCUGCCUCGCCACCGUUUCUUGGACCACCAACGACGUGAUCAUGGAUUUUUACGAUCCCUUUCUUCUCAGUGGGAUGAAGUACGAGAUCGGCUUGGCUGUGUAUCUCGGCUACGCCUCGUCCUUCCUCAGCAUGACCGGUGGACUGGUGCUGUGCUGGAGCAGCAGAGAAAGGUCGCAGGGUCGCCUCCGUGCGCAGACACAUCAACCUUCAGCUCCUCCACCUCCCUUCAACAACCUAAACCCCCCUGCUCCUCUCUACAGGCCUCCUGAGGCGCUGAAGGACAAUCAUGCACCCUCGCUUUGCUCCCUUUCUAGCAGUGGAUAUCGGCUUAAUAACUAUGUCUGAAAACAUGGAGAUAAUAACACAUAUCUUUAAAAAAAAAACACCAUGUCAAACCAAAAGAAGAAUACCUAAUUUUUCUGCUUAAAGACUCCGUUUUGAAUUGAAAGCAAAACUCUUGAAUUAUUGAGCUUUUAAGUAAAGGAACUGGAGCGCUUGUCCUGUUGUGAUGCAUCAAAUUGGCCAGUAGGUGGCAGCACGUUACAGGAAACAGAGAAAAAAACGGGCUGUUGAAACUCCAGUUUCUGCAGCACUGAAUACAUACAGUAACUGUCCUGUCACUUUCCUCUUGUGGCCUUUUAGU